GUUGUGGACGGUGUUCGUUUGGCGCGCUUCCCGCAAACCACCAAUCCCAGCACCCAUCGACAUCUACAUCAUGGAUGACAGGUUGACGCAGCUGCCUGUGAGCCGCAUCAAAGCGGCCAUGCGCAAGGACCCGGACGUGCAGCUCGUCGCACCAGAGGCUGCGGUGCUCAUCGCAAAAGCAACAGAGCUGUUCAUCGCGCACAUGGCGCGCUGCAGCUUCGACCGUGCACAGCAAGUCGCACCGAGGCGAAAAACAGUGCAAACCAAGGACAUUGAACACGUCCUGGAGUCGAAGGAAGAGUUUCUGUUUCUUGAAGGCAUUCAGCUUUGGACAAAGAAGAACAGCGGCGGGUCGAUUCGGCGGCACGCCGCGCCCAAACACACCACCAACGACGACAACGAUGACAGCGAUGAUGACAACGACAAUGAGGACAGCAGUGCCACUGUCAUUGCGAUGGACGAGGAUGAGGGUGAUGAAGCGACUGGCGACGCAGAGAUGGACACGAGUGUUGAUGAGGGUGCAUUGGACGGUGUUGAACGUGCGCUAAACGGGGACAUCGAGGAAGGCAGUGAAGAUGAAGAUGAUGAUGAGGAGGAGCACGAGGAGGAGUAGGAGCAGUGGAUACAGAGCACCAUCUCAUCGUUGAGUGUGCAUCUUUGUUACUUUCCUUGCUUUUGCUUCGGCGCAUGACGCACCCUCCUCCUCACUUUGUUGCAUUUGAUUUGAUUUGACCUAAUAAACGCAUCCCAUCCCUUA